CGCGGCCCAGCAUGGUCAUGGCGGAUGGCCCGAGGCACUUGCAGCGCGGGCCGGUUCGGGUGGGGUUCUACGACAUCGAGGGCACGCUGGGCAAGGGCAACUUCGCCGUGGUGAAGCUGGGGCGCCACCGCAUCACCAAGACCGAGGUAGCAAUAAAAAUCAUAGAUAAAUCUCAGCUGGAUGCAGUGAAUCUAGAGAAAAUCUACAGAGAAGUCCAAAUAAUGAAAAUGUUAGACCACCCUCACAUAAUAAAACUCUACCAGGUGAUGGAGACCAAAAGCAUGUUGUACCUUGUCACUGAAUAUGCCAAAAAUGGAGAGAUUUUUGAUUAUCUUGCAAAUCAUGGCCGGUUGAAUGAGUCUGAGGCAAGGCGGAAAUUCUGGCAAAUCCUGUCUGCAGUAGAUUACUGUCAUAGUCGGAAAAUUGUACACCGUGACCUCAAGGCUGAAAAUCUGCUGCUUGAUAACAACAUGAAUAUCAAAAUAGCAGAUUUUGGUUUUGGAAAUUUCUUUAAGAGUGGUGAACCACUGGCUACGUGGUGUGGCAGCCCUCCUUAUGCAGCCCCAGAAGUCUUUGAAGGACAACAGUAUGAAGGGCCACAACUGGAUAUUUGGAGCAUGGGAGUAGUUCUUUACGUCCUUGUCUGUGGAGCUCUGCCUUUUGAUGGCCCAACUCUCCCCAUCCUGAGGCAAAGGGUUCUGGAAGGAAGAUUCCGGAUUCCUUAUUUCAUGUCAGAAGAGUGUGAGCAUCUUAUCCGAAGGAUGUUGGUCUUAGAUCCAUCUAAGAGGCUGACAAUAGCCCAAAUAAAAGAGCACAAGUGGAUGCUGGUGGAAGUUCCUGUACAAAGACCUGUUCUUUAUCCACAAGAGCAGGAAAAUGAGCCAUCUCUUGGGGAGUAUAAUGAGCAGGUCCUGCGGCUGAUGCAUAGCCUUGGAAUAGAUCAACAGAAAACCAUGGAGUCUUUGCAGAACAAGAGUUAUAACCACUUUGCUGCUAUCUAUUACUUAUUGGUGGAAAGGCUGAAAUCUCACCGGAGCAGCUUCCCUGUGGAGCAGAGAGUUGAUGCCCGCCAGCGUCGGCCGAGCACUGUUGCUGAACAAACAGUUGCCAAGGCACAAACUGUUGGUCCACCAAUGACCAUACGUUCACAGAACAUGAGACUGAUGAGGUCCCCCAUUCUCCCUCAAACAUCAAAUGUGGAGGCCUUUUCCUUUUCCAGUUCUGGAUGCCAGGCCGAGGCAGUAUUCAUGGAGGAAGAAGGAGUUGAUACACCAAAGGUUAAUGGUUGUCUGCUGGACCCAGUACCCCCCAUAAUGAUGAGAAAAGGAUGCCAAUCACUGCCUAGUAAUAUGAUGGAGACCUCCAUUGAUGAAGGAAUAGAGACAGAAGGAGAGUCUGAGGAAGACCCCAGCCAUACAUUUGAUGCUUUCCAGUCAACACGCUGUGGGCAGAGACGUCACACAUUGGCAGAAGUGACCAAUCAGCUAGUCAUGAUGCCUACCACAGGCAAAGUCUUUUCUGUGAACGAUCACCCCUCCUUGGGCAGUGUGGAUUCUGAGUCUGACAUGGGAUCCACUCAGAGGGAUCUGAACUUUCUAGAGGAAAACCCAUCCCUGAAGGACAUCAUGUUGGCCAAUCAGCCUACACAUCGCUUGACACCUCCUUUCCUAAGCAUACGGCCUGCCAAUCCAGCCAUGCAGGUGCUGAGCUCGCAGAAAAGAGAGGCUCACAACAGGUCCCCGGUCAGCUUCAGAGAAGGCCGAAGGGCAUCAGAUACCUCUCUCACACAAGGGCUUGUAGCAUUUAGACAGCAUCUUCAGAACCUGGCUCGAACCAAAGGCAUUCUUGAACUGAACAAAGUCCAGUUGCUAUAUGAACAGAUGGGGUCAGAGGCAGAACCUAGCUUAGCAUCAGCUGCUCCUCAGCUCCAAGACCUUGUCAGCAGUGCCUCACAGGAGGAAGCCACUCGGCCACAGGACAGUGCCUCUGUUUUCCCUAACACUGUGCAUCCACAGCUGUCCAGACGGCAAAGCCUAGAGACCCAGUACCUGCAGCAUAGACUCCAGAAACCUAGCCUCCUGUCCAAAGCACAGAACACCUGCCAGCUCUACUGUAAGGACCCUCCCCGGAGCCUGGAACAGCAGCUGCAGGAGCACAGGCUGCAUCAGAAGCGACUCUUCCUCCAGAAGCAAUCCCAGCUGCAAGCGUACUUUAACCAGAUGCAGAUAGCAGAGAAUUCCUACCCAAGGCCAAACCAGCAGCUGCCGCUUCCCCACCAGGAGCAGCUCUCCAGUCCUCCGCCACAGCCACCCCAGCCACCCCAGUUCAGCCUGGCUCAGUCGCUAAGCCCAGUCCUAGAGCCUUCCUCAGAGCAAAUGCAAUAUGACCCAUUCCUCAGCCAAUACGGUAAACUGCAGCUCCAGCCCUUGCCCUCCUCCCAGGUUCCCAGCUCCCCUCCUCCUCUGUCAUCACAGCUGCAGCAGCAGCCGCCACAACCACCAGCAGCGCCCCCACCGUUACCAUUCUCUUAUCAGACUCGUGAGCUGUCAGGUGCUGCCCCCCCUGAGCCAGACUAUCCUCCCCCCUGUCAGUAUUCCAUGGACUCAGCUCAGCAAAGCGAUGUAGCAUUACCAGACUGUCCCAGGAGCUCCGGGCCAAGGGAGACCCCCUCCAACUAUGACCCAUUAGCACUCUCUGAGUUGCCUGGACUCUUUGAUUGUGAAAUGAUGGAGGCUGUUGACCCACAGCCCAGCGGCUAUGUCCUUGUGAAUUAGCCCCAGCACACACAGUGUUCAUGUCAGAAAGCAAGCAGGGCAAAGGAAAAGAGUGUGAAUUUUUGUUUUUAUUCCAACCUUGAAAUUCACAGCUUAUUUUCCUGCAUUUCCCCUAGUGGGAAAUGUCAAGUUGCCCCCCUGGAACUGUCAGGGCCUGGCUGAGGCUGGGUGGUUGGGUCAGCCUGGCCUCGUCCACAGGAGCUUCAGAGGCAGGUACUGAACGUAGUUGUUGGACUGAAGAUCAUGCCCUUUGGGCAGAUGGAGCAAACUUGAGGAAGACUCAGAAAAUGUUUUUGUAGGAAGAAAGGAAUCCACACCUUCAUUUUAUACCAAGUUAUACCAGUCAAUUAUCGAGAAAAACUUGGUGAAAGCAAGGGUGUGGCAUGGCCUAUCUCCUGGCAAUAAAAGCAAUAUGUUUUUCACUGAAAUAAAGCAACAAAACGUUAGGCACUAAAAGAUAAAUCAAGAAUGCUUCUGGAUCGUGGGUACACAGAUGAUUGUAAAAGAAAGUCAUGUCGUGGCAUUGAUUUGUAGAGUGUGACGAGCUUUGUUCUUUGACUGAUAAGUAAUAGCAUUUCACCGAUGUCGGGAGAAGCUAGAGAUGAACCCCUUAGAUGGGCAGCUCACCUCCCUCUGGUCGACAGUGGCACACCUCAAAAGGUGCAGACCCCUGCAUAGAGGGGAUGGGCCCACUGGGCUUGGGCUCUAAGGAUUGCCAUGACUGUCAGAGUCAGUGCUCUGUUCUCCAAAGAUACCAUCUGUGUGACAGAAAGGAGAAGUAACCAAAACAUCACGAAGGCCAGCCCUGAGCAGAAGAAAGAGCAGGCUUCUCGCACACAAUCCCUUGGGAAGACUUCUGGUCUCAGAGCAGCUGAUCAGCAGGGGUCCCUCAGACUCUUAAAAAAUAAUGACUGUACUUUAAAUUUACACUAUAGUCUCUAGUGGUUUAUUAAGCUUUGUAUGUUGGACAGUGGUGUCGGGUUUUAGCACGUGCUAAGGACAAGCAAAGGCGGCAGCAGCAGCAUCCCAUGUGAAGCGGGAGCAGGUCUAUGCUUCCUGGGUUCUUUGGCGGACAACAGCGCCCCAUUGUAUCCAUGCUGAAUCCAAAGUCACGUCAGAGGGGGUGUCCCACCAUGUGGGAUACAGAGUGCUCACGUCCUCUGCUGUUAUGACUUGCUUAUCUGCUUGAAAUGUUAAACGUAUGACAGCAAUAUUCAAAGAACUCUGGAUGUGGUAACCAUUUCACAGCAGACCAUCUGCCAGUCACUUGACAUUCAUUAGCAGAACUUAACCUCAUCUCAGACCUCAGAAUUUAUCAAAAAUGAGUCAAGAGCAGAUGUGACUACAAGUCUCCUGUCUACCUAGAAUUAGUGAUUACUCAUUUGGACAGUGUCCCCCAAGGGUUAGAAAUUAAGUAUUAAUGAUGUGGAGUAAUUAUCCCUCUUCAGAGUGGCCGCUCUUUGAUAGAGCAGAUGAGCACAGUAAAGCACAAAGACCAGGGAUCCUGCACUGUCCCGAAGGGAGGUGAGAAAAUACAUGGGGAUCCUUUUUUGGUUUCUCACAAGGCCCCCCUGGGGGACAGGGAGCAGGAUGGAAACUUGAGGAUUCCAUUUAAAGCAUCCCAGCUCACUCCCCUUCUGAGCAUUGUUUCUGAGGCCCACAGUUGUUGACCCAAUGGAGCCACCUUGACUGUCAUCAUGUGCUUAACAUUCUGGGUCAGGUGGAGAAAGACAAGUGGCACUGACCAGUUCCCCCACACUUCCGGGUUGGCUCCCAUGUGAUAGAGAAAGGGGCUAGUGGAGAGGAUGGAAUUACAGUAAUUUUUAGUCAGAACCUAGGGAGAACAACUAGUUUUCAUUUGUCUAGAAAAUGUGUGCAGGGAGGCAGGGUCUUUACACCUAAGGAUUGAUAGCACAUAGAAUUGGCAAAGGUGAUCCGAGGUGCUUCUGAGUAGGACCACCUACCAGUUGUCAAAUUUUAAGAUUCCACAGAACUUAAGCCAGAAGGGGAAAAAAAUGUUUUUGACAUAGAUAGCAGCAGUUGCCUUACAUUGCUUCCUAAUUUGCUAGAUGACAGACAUUUAUUUUAUUCAUUGUGUUCUUUUCUAAGGCGAUAUUGAUCUCUAACUCCUUCAAGUCUGCAAACAGUUGCCGAUCCUAAAAUGGCUUGAUGUGUUUAGAUUGAAGGAGGAUGGAUGUGUUUUCAAAGAUGUACUAAUGUUGUUCUCUGGUAUUUAUGAAACUGAAAUACUUUCCAUUUUGAACAUAGGAACUGUUUCAAAAGCAUAGGAAUUCUGCUGGUUAUAGAUUUACAUCUCAAUUCUCUCUCCAUAUCCCUUUCACUCAGACAACUGACUAAAUCUCUCCAGAGGCCAGUUGGGUAGCUGGCUGCCCCCAGGAAUCCCCACAGGGUCGUGUGGCACUAUAAAGGUCCAUUCAUUGAGAAAAGAAGUGGAGAAGUUAUUCAGAGGUAAAAGGCUUCAGGGACAAAGGGGAGAAAUAGUGCAGCAUUCAACAAUGUGGGGCCUGAGAGUAUUAAUUACCAAAUAACUGAGGCUUGGCAACAUAAGGAUUCAGCUGGUGAGGAAAAGAAGCCUCUCCUACCUAGCUGGUCUUUGCAGACCAAAUACCAAUGGGUUUCAAGGAGAAAUCAAUAAAUUCCUCCAGCAGUCUGUAUUUACUGAUGUUUCAGCUGAUAAGCAGAGAAGAUUCUUCCUACUGGUUAGUUAGCUCUACAAGAUUAGGUCAUUUGCUCUGUUCCUUAAUCAGUGACCUGUAAACUCCAUAUAGUUUUCUUUAAACAAAUACUAAAAUAACACUAAAAGGACAUAGUACCACUGUAUAUUGAUGCUACUUUGAAAUAGCUGCUUCUGUUUGCAUCUGUUUAACAUUAGCAGAGUGUACACUACUGUAUAGUAAUUACUAGCUUCGUUAUCUUGUAAUAAGGGAUGCCUCUGAAGAAACUUUGGUGAGAUGUAUAUGGGGUAAAAAUUUAACAUGGAGGAAAGUGCAAUAUGUGUGUGGUACAUUUUUAUUUUUCUUUUAGAUCAUGGGGAUUAGUCUUUUGCUUUGGGAAAAAUGGCACCACUACUGUGAGUUCCAGUUGGGUGCAUUUAUCUUUAGUAUUUACAUGCAACUGAUAUGCUGGACCCUAUAAAGCAGUGUAUUUCUAAAGAAUAAAGAGGACAGAUCUUCUGCUUUUAAAUCAGUGGUGGCUAAGCUGCACACCAGCAGGCCCAGACUCAGCACCAGCUCUCUCCCCUCCUUUCAAGCAUUAUUUUCCCACCAUUUAUGACUUAAGGGGAUGGACAAAGGACAAAAUGGGUGUCUGCCUUGGUAGGCCUCCAUUAUCCAAGAGACAGAAAACACUUGGACCAAUACCAAGGAGAGACAUGACUCAGGGACUCAGCCCAUCCUAGUGUAGACUAUUUUUCACCCUGGACCUCUGCCUCAUACCUUAUUCCCAACUUGAUGGGGAUGAGGGAGGAGAGAAUUUGAUACCAGUCUCUUUGGGUACCAUUUUCCCCUUGGAAUCUGACAGAAUCAGUGGAGGGUUGGAGAGGGGGAUGCACCAAAAUAUUGUUUGGGGAGGACCCAAGGCUAUAAUUAAAACAUGGACUUCCCCCCCUUAUGUUUCCAUUUUAGCUUCAUGAUUAAGGAGAGGUAGGUAACUCCCCUCAUGAAAUCAGUUGAGAAAGAGCACAGCCCAGCUGUUUUGGAACAAGCUACUGUGUACCGGUGAGAAGUAGUACAUAUAGACCCAUUAGUUAUGGUAAUAAUGACCUCAGCAGAAAUCACCAUUUGGGAUGAGGCGGUAACCCUCUUUUAUGGUUGCUCAGAACCUAUACUCAGAGUAUUACCUUUGUACCACCCUUUGUGCUGCUGCUAAUUACCUUAGGAUCAUAAGAUUUUUUGGGGGGGGGAGGCACCAAAAUGCAGCUCAUCCCUCAACCUUUAAAGGAAAAAUACUUGUAUUGCUAGAAUUUGGGGUAGGAGUAAUGGUAGAUUAUUCCCAGCAACUUCCAGUUUACUCCUGCUGCAAUUGGUUAAACUCUUUUAGGUACAAGCUUAUUGAGACAUCCCCCAGGUAGGCAUAGGAUUAUGGAAAAUUUCAUUUCCCUGAUCCUAUUGCCUUUAGACAUCAUAAGACCGUCACAAUCAAACCACCCACAUUUUAGGCUCCUAACGUUUUCUAUUUUGCUUGCCGCUCAGAAGUCAAUGUCAGACCGUUCUACUUUAGCUCGCUAUUUAAAAUAAGUUCAUGCUCUGAAUAACUUGCAUUCCAAACCUAAUGAGUCAUUAACUUUUAAAAAGCAACACUGAUGUAAUUUACCAAUAUUGGUCUUACAAGCCUGGUACGAUUUGGAAGGCUUAGUUCCCAAUUUUGACCUUUCUUGUUUUCUACUUCCCACUUAAAUGGCAAAGAUGGGGAAAUGUUAGGAUGGAAUAAUACUGUCUACAGAAUUUAUUGCUCCCUUUCUACUUUGGGGACUUAUCAAUCUGAUUUCAGCAGACUAAUUCAGAAGCAGAUGAUUAUGCUUUUUUCCUGAAAUGUUCAAUGGCAUUAAACAGAUGAUCAUCUCUGAUGAAUGAGCAUAUAGCGAGACUGUAAGGGUUGACUCAUAUGUUACAUCAUUAAGAUUCCCUGCUUUGGCAUAUGUGAUCUUGUCAGAAGUCAGAGCAAUGGACCAAACCCUUCUGAACCCCUCCCAGUUCUAGGUACCAUGACUCUACCCUCCUGUACACCAUCAUGUAUUCCUGUUUUGCUACAUUUUCUCCUAAGAGAAUGAGAAUACCUGGAACUUGAGUGUUUUUAGAGUUGUUCUAUCAUAGCUUCAGAGAUUUUAACAGGAAUUUUAAAAUUCAGCUAUCAAAGGUUUCAGACCCACACCUCUUCAGAUAAUAUUCCCCACUACUGAUGAGACCUUUUAGGGAUAAAAAAAAAAUUUGCUUUGAUUGGACAAAAACUUGAAAUUCUUUCAGGGUAAAAGGAAGAUGAUAUUUCAAAACAAGUAGAAAUACAUGGUAUUGUCCAGAAAAUGAUCCCAAACAUAAGCAGUAUUAAGUUGGCAAAGUCAAUCAAAUAGUUUGCCACUGACUAUAUCUAAAUAGUCUGAUAUCUAGAUAUGGUUUAGGCCAUAUCUAAACUGAAUGAGUUUUUACCUAGACUAAGGCAGUUCUAAGUGGUGGUAAUACACAAUUGUUGGCAAAAUAUGAAGUCACAUGAUGGAAAAGGAAGAAGAUGGCAAGAAUUAGAUGCAACCUUCUCUUUUUGUACUGAAAUAAAAACACAAUCAUGUUUCUCUUUGCAGAAAAGGGCAAAACAAGCUGCUUUUAUUUCUGAGGGUGAUCAUUCUUUAGGCUGGUCUGUGAAAGAAUUAAUUUGAUAAAAUUCUGUCUAAUCAUGAAUUUUUCAUUUUGGGCUUUUUGGUUUUUUGGUGAGUUUGAUGAUUUGGGGUAUCUUGAAAGCAAAUCACAACUGUAAUGUGAAAAAAUCAAAAUGUAUCCCCAUCACCACUCAGUGUUAGGAAAUUGUUGAAAAUGCAGUGAUCUUUGUACCAAAAGGUAAUUUAAUGGGGUUGUUUCCUGCAAGGAAAAUGUUUUUAUGUGUAAUCCCUGUUGAAUUAGCAGAAAAUAAAGGCAACAGUGUUUUUAUUA